GUGGCUCUAGAGAAAGAAAAAAGGAGUUUACCUGCUGAAAUAUGUCACUGUUUCUCCUCUAAGUAACCUCAAGUAAGUUCAUUUGUUAUCCUAUUCACCAGUGUUUAUCUCGCUUACCCUCUUUUUCCCUCUGUUGCCAUGGAUAUGCUAUUCCUAUGGCAACUGCAGGCCUUUAUGGAUGGCCUCGGGCCCCCACCGUAGAGGACUCUCUGAACCUUUCAUUACACAUUCCCUUCAAACUCACAGACAAAUCACACAAGUAGCACAUACUCCAACUCUGUCUCUCCAACUGUCUCCCUUUCUUCCUCUCUCUGCCUUCCCCCCUUCUCUCUUUGUGUCUCUGUGCUGCUCUGCACUGUUGUGUCUCACUUUUAACUUCUUGACACACUGCAUGUGUCCAAGACAACCACACAGCUGUUUGUUGUUUUAGUGUACAUUUCUCCUAAAUUACUUCACUGCAUACGUGAUACUAGACGCCAGUGCUGGGAGGAAGAGGGCUAUGAUCAGAUUUGUAGCACGCGUAUCGCUGUCAUAAGAGUCAGCGCCCCCAAGCUUUCUAAUUUUCUGGUGGCAAUGGAAACCAGAGCUCCAUCUUUAAAGAUGCAUGAGAUGUCUUGAGCAACGGAGAAUAGAGAUGGAGAGCUCUGGCAGAGAAAGUGUUUCUGUGUCAGAGAGAGUGAAAGAAAGGGAGGGGUGAGGCUCGUGCAGAUGACAGUAAAGUUGCCAGUGGCAGUGAGGGCCCGAGUUCCACUUGCUGAAUGAACCCCGUCAGCAUCGGGGAGUACCAUGGACUACGCGUGGGCUCAGCCCUGCUCAGCAUUGUGGCGGGCUGCAUCAUCAUUGGGGUGUCCAGGGAGUGCGAUGCUGAUGCUGUAGGAGGUAUCUUCCUGGGAGCGGGGGGCCUCGGCCUGCUCAUAUCAAUCUACCCCUUCAUAAAAGCCUGGCUGAACAUCAACCAUAUUCUUCCAUCCUUUGGAAAUUUCCGAGUGCACCCCACACCUGCCAAUCCUGCUCCCGAUCAACCUGUAGAGACACUAAGAAGAGAAGGGACUCAGAGUCAACUAAAUCUGGAACGUUCAAAGAGUCGAAUGGGAACCUUUGUGGAGGGUGGACCAACGGAGACCAACCCAGACGAGGGGACAUCUACAGACAUGCCAGACGUCUUAUCUAGACGGAAACUCAAGCAGUUGCCUACUGAUCAAGACCUGCCUUGACGUCAUCACAUGACCUGACUGACCAAUUCAACUGAUCUUCUUCAUGAGGUUUCUUUCAAACGUGAAACAAAAGACGCUGAAUUGAAUCUUUCUGAUUCAUUCUUUUUUUCUGUAUAAUUGUUGUAUCUGCUGAACUCACCUCAUAAUGUUCUACUAAUGUAGUCUAAUAAACAUCUCAAAAGAU